AUGAUGAAGGCCAAGGACACUUCCGUCGAGGGUCUGACUAAGGGUAUCGAGUUCUUGUUCAAGAAGAACGGUGUCGACUACGUCAAGGGUACUGGUGCUCUCGUUGACCAGAACACCGUCAAGGUUAACCUCCUCGACGGUGGUGAGCAGACCCUGCGCGGAAAGAACAUCCUCAUUGCCACUGGUUCUGAGGCUACUCCUUUCCCCGGCCUCAACAUUGACGAGAAGAGAAUCAUCACCAGCACUGGUGCUCUCUCCCUCAAGGAGGUUCCCAAGAAGAUGAUCGUCAUCGGUGGUGGUAUCAUUGGUCUGGAAAUGGCCUCUGUUUGGUCCCGCCUCGGCUCUGAGGUCACCGUCGUCGAGUUCCUGAACCAGAUCGGCGGUCCCGGCAUGGACGCCGACAUCGCCAAGCAGGCCCAGAAGAUCCUCCAGAAGCAGGGUAUCAAGUUCAAGACCGGCACCAAGGUUACCAAGGGUGACGACAGCGGUGCUACCGUCGCUCUGAGCGUUGAGGCCGCCAAGGGUGGUAAGGAGGAGACCCUCGACGCUGACGUUGUCCUCGUCGCCAUCGGUCGCCGCCCCUACACCGAGGGUCUCAACCUCGAGAGCGUCGGUGUCGAGAAGGACGAGCGCGGCCGUCUUGUCAUCGACCAGGAGUACCGCACCAAGAUCCCCAACAUCCGCGUGAUCGGUGACUGCACUUUCGGACCCAUGCUUGCCCACAAGGCCGAGGAGGAGGCCGUCGCUGCCAUCGAGUACAUCAAGAAGGGCUACGGCCACGUCAACUACGGCUGCAUCCCCAGCGUCAUGUACACCCACCCCGAAGUCGCCUGGGUUGGCCAGAACGAGCAGGAAGUCAAGGCUGCCGGCAUCAAGUACCGUGUCGGUACCUUCCCCUUCAGCGCCAACUCCCGUGCCAAGACCAACCUCGAGACUGAGGGCCAGGUCAAGUUCAUCGCCGAUGCUGAGACCGACCGCAUCCUCGGUGUCCACAUCAUCGGCCCCAACGCCGGUGAGAUGAUCGCCGAGGCCACCCUGGCUGUCGAGUACGGUGCCUCUUGCGAGGACAUUGCUCGCACCUGCCACGCUCACCCUACCCUGGCUGAGGCCUUCAAGGAGGCUGCCAUGGCUACCUACUCCAAGGCCAUCCACUUCUAA